AAAAAAAGCUAAAACAAAGGUUAACAAUGUUAUACAGUAAUAAAGUCAUAGUAGUUAAAAGGUCACAUUUCAUGUAUCUAUUACAUACCAGAAAUGCCCCACCCUUUUGUAAUCCCAAAAGUCUUCUUCUUAAACAACUUCAAUUCAACCCUACUAUUUUCUCAAUAUUCUUUCUCUCCAGUUAUGUUCUUUCUAUUGGUUAUAUUCCAGAUUCGAUCACAUCGCUCAUUGGUCCAGAAUCUCAUUUGUUCUCAUACAGCCCCUGUGUGAUUAUCAUUCACCACCAAAAAAAAAAAGAGAAAAAAAAAAGAAAUGUCACUUCCAAAAAAUGGCCACAGAUUUUUCAAGUUUUGGAUCCCAUUAAUUAUAUUUCUUGUCAAAACCCCACUUUUCUGAAUUCCUUGAAAAGUUGUUGUCUACUUUCGAUAUUCCUCUUUUUUUUUUUGUUGAUUAGACUUAUCUCUCUUUCUCUCUCUCUCUUUUCUGAAUAUAUUAGGGACAAAUGAUUUGUGGGGAUUGCGAGUUUUCACGUGAAGUUGUAGGGAUGGUUUGUAUUAUGCUAAGGAUUGAUUACUCAAGGCUGUUUUGGCUAUUGUUUGGUGUUUUCUCUAACGAAAAUCACGAGGGAAAGCCUCGGAUUUCAUAGCACUAGCCUAAUUUCUCUCUUUCUAUUAUCUUUCCUCAAAAGAAACACACAUAUUAUUCAGUUUUUAGUAAAAUAAACUUUAGUGAUAAUCAUAUAGUAGUUGCUUGCUAGAGAUAUAUAUCCUUCAAAAGAAAUAGUAGAAGUUUUUCUUUUGGUGGAGUUGUUUGCUUCCCUGUGUAAAUAGAGUUUUGGUUCACCAUGCAUAAAGUUCGACUGAAUGAAAUGCUUGAUUUUAAUGGAGCAAACUCGAGUUGGAAUAUGUGGAAAUGGAUUCAUCUAAACGCUAUCGACGUUUCAAAGACAUCCUUGGGAAGGGAGCAACAAAGACACUAUACAAAGCAUUUGAUGAGUUACUAGGAAUGGAAGUAGCUUGGAACCAAGUGAAACUCGAUGAUGUCUUUAGGUCACCAGAAGAAUUACAAAGGCUCUACUCAGAAGUCCAUCUCCUCAAAGAACUUGAUCAUGAAUCCCUCAUGAAAUUCCAUGCAUCUUGGAUCAAUGUUGAAGGCAGAACCUUCAACUUCAUUACUGAAAUGUUUACAUCUGGCACCAUUAGAGAGUAUAGACACAAAUACAGACGAGUAAAUAUACAUGCAAUUAAGAAUUGGGCACGCCAAAUCCUCAAGGGUCUUGCUUAUUUGCACCGUCACGAUAAGGUGAAUCACAGGAACAAGUGCAUAUGAAGUGUAGGAAGAUCUAAAAAAGAAGAUUCGAUAAGGUGAAUCGUGCAAGGGUAUAUCAAUUGCAUAGGGAUAUUAACAUAUUAUCACAAGGAAUUGAUUACGUAGCUACUGAUUUCACUAAGCUUAAGAAUUUGUGAAAUGAGUAUGGCGUGGUGAUUCCUACUCCCUAUUGUGAUUGUCCAAUAUCUAAGGACUAUGCAGAUCAUUAGUUCAGAUCAUUUGUCUGAACUGAGGUUGAUACAAUUUCUCGGAGGCUUGAAUGAUUUCUAUGAUCAGGCUAGAAGGCAAAUCUUGUUGAAGGGAAUCACACCAACUCUUAAUCAAGCCUAUGCUAUGAUAGCAGGGGAUGAAAUUCAGCAGCUAGCUUAUGCUUUCAUCAUAAAUCACAAGCCUGAUCCUAUUGAAGUGCAGGUUAACAGAAGCUCAAAUAUGAACUAUAGGAGACAAAACUACAAAGAGAAGAGAUAUGAUUAUUGUCAUUUCAAUGGGAAUAUAAGAGAGAAUUGUUAUAAGCUGAUAGGUUAUCCUAUUGACAGGAAAAAAAGAGAGGAAGAUAAAAUAUAAUAAUGCAGGUUCAAAAGGAUUCAUAUAUCACAAUCAGGAGUCUGGGAAACUCAAUGGCUACGGAUAUCAUAGAAAGCAGUUUGCAACCCAAGUUAACACUUAAUUUUCAUCUAAUAGCAUUCAUGGACAAUUUGCUGGUGGAGAUGCUACUUCUACUAGCCAUGAAGGUUAGAAAGAGCUUAAUAAUGCAGUGCUAGCCAAAGGUCAAUAUUUCAUUGAUGGAAAAUAUUAGCAGAUCAUGGAAUUUCUGAACAAAGAUCAAUAAUACAUAAACCAAACCAAUAUGACAGGAUCCCUACACUGGUAGGGUGAAAGGGAUUGGUAGAGAAAGAGGAGGCUUAUAAAUUUUCAAAGGUGUUUCUAAAGUGAAGAAUAAACCUAGAGUUCAAAGAAAACUGAUACCAGGUUUCAAAGCAAGCUGAUACCAAGUUUCAAAGCAAGAUGAUAGUAGGUUUGACUAUGUGUGCUAGCAACCCGUGUUACAAAAGGCUUGGACAUCUAUACACAUAAGUAUUAAGGUCACUAGAUCUUUUAACUUAUAAUAAGGAUGUUGAGUUACUGAACAAAUGUCAUGUCUGUCCAUUAGCUAAAUAGACUAGAUUAUCAUUUUCUUUCAGUGAAACUAAAUAAAGUGUGUUUUUGAUGUUGUACAUAUAGACUUGUAGGGACUUUAUAAAACUCCUACAUUUGAUAA